GCCCUCCAGGCGCUGUCUCCUCCGUUCAGUUUCACCCACCGCCUCGCUCGCAGCCUCACGCUUCUCAUUAACUCUUCUUCACUUUUUUCCUUCUUGGAAUCUUCUCAAAUCCUCGUCACGGGUUCGCAUCGUACCGGCCAUUGGAGCAAGAACAGUGAUAAAGAAGCAAGAAAGAUCAAAAAGGAUUCAACCCAAGAAAGAAGUGUUAAGAGUUGAACACGCCAAAAGCUUCCUUGCUUUUUCAUUCCUUUUUGUUGAAAUGGAAGACGCUGAUUGGGUUGUGGUGAGUAGGCCCGCCGAGAGGGACUUGUGGGAGCCGAGCUUUGUCGGAGACGAGCCUUCGAAGCCUCUCGAGGUCAGGUUCGAUGGGCCGGCCAAGCACUGGACGGACGCAGUCCCCGUCGGCAAUGGCCGGCUCGGCGCUAUGGUUUGGGGCGGUGUUCAGUCCGAGACUCUCAAUCUCAAUGAGGACACUCUUUGGACCGGGAUACCUGGAAACUACACGAACCCAGAUGCCCCAAAGGCACUCUCAGAGGUCAGAAAACUUGUUGAUGAUGGCCAAUAUGCUGAAGCUACUGCUGCCGCCGUGAAGUUGUCAGACAAUCCUUCUGAUGUUUACCAGCUAUUGGGUGAUAUCAAGCUAGAAUUUGAUAGUUCUCAUGCUGCAUAUAGAGAGGAAACCUAUCAGAGAGUGCUGGACUUGGAUACUGCAACUGCAAAAGUGAAAUAUUCUGUGGGUGAAGUUGAAUUCACAAGAGAACAUUUUGCCUCAAAUCCAGAUCAAGUUAUUGUGACAAGGAUUUCUGGAAGUAAAUCUGGAUCUCUGUCAUUUACUGUAUUUCUUGACUGCAAACUACAUCAUCACUCAUAUGUAAAGGGAAACAAUCAGAUCAUCAUGGAAGGAAGUUGCCCUGGUAAACGAAUCCCACCAAAAGUGAAUGGAAAUGACAAUCCCAAGGGUAUUCAGUUUUCUGCAAUUCUUAAUUUGCAGAUUAGUGAUGGGGUGGGUUCAAUACAUAUUUUGGAUGACAAGAAGUUGAAGGUUGAGGGCUCAGAUUGGGUUGUUAUGCUUCUGGUGGCCUCAUCUUCGUUUGAUGGCCCGUUUACUAAACCUUCAGAUUCAAAAAGGGAUCCUACUUCAGAGUCUCUGAGAACAUUGAAUUCAAUUAAAAACUUGUCAUAUAAUGUUCUUUAUACUCGACAUUUGGAUGACUACCAAAACCUUUUUCACCGUGUCUCUCUGCAGCUUUCCAAGAGCUCAAAGAGAGUGAGAAAAAAUGAGUACUUGAAAAUGAAGGAACUCUUCUCUUGUGCAACCAGUCUAUAUGUAGGAAGCAGUGGAGAUGAGUCAGUUUCGACUGCAAAGAGGGUGAAAUCUUUUCAAACUGAUGAAGAUCCCUCUCUAGUGGAGCUUUUGUUUCAGUAUGGUCGAUAUCUGCUAAUUUCCUGUUCCCGGCCUGGAACUCAGGUGGCAAACUUGCAGGGAAUAUGGAACAAUGAUAUUGAGCCAGCAUGGGAUGGUGCUCCUCAUUUGAAUAUUAAUCUUCAAAUGAACUACUGGCCUUCCCUCCCUUGCAACCUUCGCGAGUGCCAAGAGCCUUUAUUUGAUUACAUUUCAUCUCUGUCAGUCAAUGGGAGUAAAACAGCCCAAGUGAACUAUGAAGCAAAUGGUUGGGUUGUGCAUCAAGUGUCUGAUAUAUGGGCAAAAACAUCUCCUGAUCGUGGCCAGGCUGUUUGGGCUUUAUGGCCAAUGGGUGGAGCAUGGCUUUGUACUCAUCUGUGGGAGCACUAUACUUAUACUAUGGACAAAGGGUUCUUGGAGAACAAAGCAUAUCCCCUGCUGGAGGGAUGUGCUUUAUUUUUGUUGGACUGGUUGAUUGAAGGCCAGGGAGGAUACCUUGAAACCAACCCAUCAACCUCCCCAGAACACACUUUUAUUGCUCCUGAUGGUAAGAGUGCUAGUGUGAGUUACUCAUCAACCAUGGACAUGGCAAUCAUCAGAGAAGUGUUUGCUGAUUUUGUUUCUGCUGCUGAGGUCUUGGGCAAAAGUGAUGAUGAUUUGAUUGAGAGAGUCCGUAAAGCUCAAGCUCGUCUUUAUCCAACAAAAAUUGCUAGGGAUGGUUCCAUCAUGGAAUGGGCACAAGAUUUUGAGGACCCUGAGGUGCACCAUCGGCAUCUAUCACACCUAUUUGGCCUGUUUCCAGGGCACACAAUAACUGUUGAGAAGACUCCUGAUCUUUGUAAAGCUGCAGAUUAUACCCUUUAUAAAAGAGGUGAGGAUGGUCCAGGGUGGUCAACCAUAUGGAAAACUGCUCUGUGGGCACGUCUUCGGGACAGUGGGCAGGCAUAUAAGAUGGUCAAGCAUUUAUUUAACUUGGUUGAUCCUGAUCGAGAAGGUGAUUUUGAAGGAGGACUUUACAGUAACCUGUUCACUGCACACCCGCCUUUCCAAAUUGAUGCCAAUUUCGGUUUCUCUGCAGCAGUAGCAGAAAUGCUUGUUCAGAGCACCAUGAAGGAACUCUACUUGCUUCCAGCUCUUCCUCGCGACAAAUGGGCAAAUGGCUGUGUUAAAGGAUUGAAGGCACGGGGUGGUGUGACUGUCAACAUCUGCUGGAGCGAGGGAGACCUCGACGAAGUUGGUAUUUGGCCAAUGAAUCAGCAUUCCAUUGCGCGACUACAUUACAGAGGAAUAACAGUCGCAGUGAAGCUGUUGCCUGGCAAAGUUUACACAUUUAACAGCAGGUUAAGGUGCGUGAAGGCAUGCCCUCUGAUGUAAAUGGCUGAGGUGAGAUCUGAUUUUUUUGAAGAGGAUUUACUUUCUUGUUAGCUACCCAAAUGUGAAAGAAACUCAAUAACUUCUGGGUUUCUUUGCCUGAGAGAAUAAACGGAGAGAUCCCUCUUAUUGUUCCUUUCUGCUUGUGCAACUGUCUUGUGAACAGAAGACAUAAUGGAGAAAAGUGAAAAUGGGCAAGUUUUUACUGAUUUGCCAUACGAUGAUCACUGAAGAAGAGGAGAUAGGAAGGGCAGCAAAGAAUGAGAGGGGGCUGUGCAUUAGAGAUGCCAAGCCCGAAUGUGUGACCUCUUAAGUUUACCAGAACAAAAAAAGGCAUGUACGAUAUAAAAUGAA